CAGCUGCUGGUCCCUGGUGUGCAGGGAUUCACAUGAAAGACCUCCAACAUGUCCUCCCAGAUUUGGAGAAGAGCGUGUUUCACUGUGAAUGGACAUAUCUUCAGCCUGACCCUGAGGAGCUGUGUACCUUUACUGAACUGUAUGGUUCCCUCAGAUUACUCCUUUCUAUUCAGAUUAAAGAUACAAGUCUUUUCAGUCCAGAGUGGUGUGCUCACACAGAGGCCUUCCUACACACAUUCAGUUUGGCUAAUGCAGGGAUCAAAAUCCACCUCAAAUUGAAACUCAGUCAGCAGACUGUUCAGCGCGAGUUCAGAGGGAAAGUUAAGAAGAGAGUUGCCAGGGGUAACCAACCAUCUCCGGUCUUGGACGUCACUUGUCGUACACAGCCUCCAGUGUGUGUGAAAAAAGGAUGCUGGUGUCUGGGAGGUCACCCUGUCUGUGGAGGCCAGAUACCCCUCAGUAUCCACCCUGAUGCCAUGGAUCAGGGCCUGUUUGGGGAACUCAGCAUCCAGCCUGUCACUCUCCUGAGCCCCUGUGUGCUUCAGUACCCACAUCUGACAACACAACUCACACAAAUCAAAGUUUUGGUAUACAGCCCCAGUAAUGUCCCUGUCACAGGCCCCUCCAUCUUCUUCCAGAACCUUCCUGCACAUCUGGACUGUCAGGAACUGGGCAUGCGCAGCCUUCACUGCUCCUCCUUCAAAGAUCUUGUGCACAGCGGCGGCUUCGUGUACACAGUAGAACAAGAGAACUCUGAAGAUGCAGAAGUAGAAUCCAAUCCUUCCCCAGUGCAGCAGAGCCUCCUGCUUUUCCUCUUCCUGCAGCACAGUGACCCCUUCACCUGCCAGCUCUCUGAUAUCAUGGGCACAGAGGCACUGAUAGAGCACCACCUGGAGGAUAUUCUGAACAACAACAGGCAGGCGGUAACAACAGCCCUUCAGACUGAGCUGAAAAACACACUAAGAGCCCAAAACCUCAGACAAAAAGCAAGUCCAAGAAACACAGUCAACCAUCACAGAUAUUAUCAUUCUUUAGUCCUGUAUGUUUUAUGUUUUCAUUAUUUGUGUGUGUUCUGUGUGGCAUGUCAGGAACGCAAGAAGCUUGGUUCUGCUGCUGAAGUGAUUCUCAGUUCGUCCCUCAGUAUUGUGAGCUGCAGCAGUAACAUGUACUUCAGAAAUGCCUGUUUGAACUGCAUGAAGGUGUGUGACACUCAUGACCUGUCAGCCUCCCUCCGUGAAUCACUCAGGAGGGUGACAUCAUGGAAAUUUGUCUCUAAGGGUGGGUGCUACUCAGACCGGGGACACGAUUACUUUGAACAGAUAGAAGAAGAAGAACAACAACAACAACUGGAGAGUGAUGAGCCAAAAAGAACAGAAAUAUAAAAUCUGUCUGUGUGUCUUGAAGGAGAUUAGUUCUGAGAAGGCUGCGAAAGCAUUUCACAAUUUUUAUAAAAAUGAUUGUUUUUGUGUUACAGCAGAUGUGAUGAAUUCUGAACUAGAUAACGUUACUAAAGAGAACUUAAUUAAUGAUCUGAGAUAACCCUGUGUUCAUAUUGUUUCCCCAUGUGCCUCCUGAAAUAAACAAGUGGUUAAUAACAGCACGCAGACAUAAGUAUGAUCAAAUAUUCUUCAGUCAUCACAAAGUCUGAUUUUAUUAUUGAGCGUAGGGUUACAGUAUAUGGUUCAUGCUAUUUGUGGUUGUGAAACAAGUCUAGCUUGGUAAACAGGACUGGUUAAAAAUGAAAAUAUUCAAACAUGCCUCAGGGUUAACGCAACAUUAACAUUCCCAUGAUCAAUGCUAGGUGGCAUUAAAAGCUUUUAUUUUAUGUUUGCAUUAUACAGUAAGGGUCUGAGGAUUUGAUUCGUUUGGGUUCCUGAGUAGUGGGGCAAAAAAAUAACUUCAAUCACAAAUAGGCAUGCUAAUUCAGUUGAGUAGAGCAGUAAGAAAAUCAGUCAGUGAAUCUGGGAAAAGAUGCAAAAAUACUUGGAAACAAGUAACACGGGUAGACACUGAUACAACAGAACAGAAACGAGUGGGUUAGGGAACGAGGCUUGGCAGGAACAGCAAUGAAGAGGGAGAGGAUCUCAGGGUAGGAAAUCUUUGGCUAAAUCAGACUCUUUGCAAAAUUGGAAAUCCCCUAGCUGGUAGAUUGUGCUUGAAUGUAAGUAUGAGGGGGGAAAGGAGGGAACUGGCACCAGUUUUAAAAGGAACUAAGAGAAAGUUCACAACAGAAAAUUUGCUUGGCAACACAUCAAAGGAAAUAUCCAAACGUCUUAUUAAAUUCUGCUCACUUUUAUACUCAUGUUUUUGUUAUUCUUUAGCCUGCUCUUACUUGU